GCGGACCGAGAGCCGGAGAUCCGCGCCGCGGGACGGAAGCGAGCGGGCGCGGGCGCCACGCAGAUGGCCGGGGCGAGCAAGGUCUGAGGCUCGGCUCCCCGAAACGUGACCAUGUGGAUUCAACAGCUUUUAGGACUCAGCUCCAUGUCCAUCCGCCGCUCCCUGGGAAGCCAUGCGUGGAUCCUGAUGGCCAUGCUGCAGCUUGCUGUGGAUCUCCCAUCCUGCGAGUCGCGGGGCCCUGGCUCUGACUUCCGACUGCUACCCCGGCCACCGCCCCGGCCACCUCGGCUGUGGAGUUUGAAAAGUGGACAGCCAGCCAGGCCCGCCGCCACCCCGGUGUGGAGCCCCCGGCCACCCCGCGGGGAGCGCCUGCACGGGCCCAUGCAAGCUGCCCGUGCCAAGCGGGCCCACAGGCCCAGGGACCAGGUGACUGCUCUUGUGCCCAAAGCGGGGCUCGCCAAGCCCCCAGCUGCCGGCAGUUCCAGCCCCUCACUUGCCUCCCCCGCCUCAGCCUCAGCCUCAGCCCCAGCGGCUGCAAGCGGAAGCAGCAGCUCAGAGCGGAACAGCCUGGCCAGGGCCAAGAGGCAGGUGCAGGGGCAAGGCUUCAACAACUUUGACUUCCAGGGCAGCCGGCCCACCACAGAGCCCGAGUUCAUCGCCUGGGGACCCACGGGGGAUGAGGAGGCCCUGGAAUCUAACACGUUCCCGGGCCUCUUUGGCCCCACCACAGUCUCCGUCUUGCAAACACGGAAGACGACAGCGGCCGCCACCACCACCACCACCGUCACCACCACGGCCACCUCGUUGACACUACAGACUAAGGGGAUAACCGAGCCCCUGGAUCCAGGGAAAAGGAUCCCCUUCGGGCUUAGCACAACGGAACUUCCUACCAGUCCUGGCAACAACGGCAAAGACAUCCAGACACCUCGGAUCCUGGGGGACACGUCAGGUCUGGCCGUGCACCAGGUCAUCACGAUCACCGUCUCGCUCAUCAUGGUCAUCGCUGCUCUCAUCACAACUCUUGUCUUAAAAAACUGCUGUGCCCAGAGCGGGCGCGCGCGUCGGAGCAGCCACCAGCGCAAGGUCAACCAGCAGGAGGAGAGCUGCCAGAACCUGACGGACUUCCCAGCGGCGCGCGUGCCCAGCACGGUGGACAUCUUCACAGCCUACAACGAGACCCUGCAGUGCUCACACGAGUGCGUGCGGGCGCCCGUGCCCGUGUUCACCGACGAGACGCUGCACUCGGCGGGGGAGUUCAAGUCCACGUUUAACGGAAACCGACCCUCCUCUUCUGACCGGCAUCUCAUUCCUGUGGCCUUCGUGUCUGAGAAAUGGUUUGAAAUCUCCUGCUGACUGGCCCGCGUCUUCUUUACCUCCGGGGAGCAGGGCAGAUGCCUUGUGUCUGUUUCACGGAACACGUUGGUGAACCUGUAAAAACAAACCAACAACAACAACAAAACCCACAAAAUCUGAAACUCAACAGGGGAGGGUCCCAGCACCUGCCACUCGUGUCCACGCUGGGAAUCCCGCGGAGCAGCACGCUCUAGGCCAAAUCUAUUUUUGUACACGUGCCCCUGCCUGAGGGUGACUGCCUUGUCCCAGCGUUUUCUCUGGAGAGCAGGAAGGAGCAGUGCCCGGCAGGACCUGAAGCCGAGAGGAAGGAGGCCUGGCGGAUGGGCCAGGAGGACACAGCCCAGGCCGGGACUGGCUCCAGGAUCUGAACUUGUGCCAAUAAUACCAUUAUGUGCCAUGUACUGACCCGAAGGCUUGGCUGCCGGCUGCAGCCGUGCCAACCACGCUAAGGAAUCUUCCAGAACACAGGGGUGGGACUGUCUUCCGACAGAGUCGCUAUUUCUGGUUAAUAUACAUCUAUAAAUAUAUAAAUGCCAACAGACACACACACGCUUUUUUUGUACUGUAGCAAUUUUUGAAGAUCUUAAAUGUUCCUUUUUAAAAAAAGAGUUGUGUUAUAGGUCACCCAAAUCUGAUUUAUUUAACAUGCUUAGUACGAACAGAAUAAACCGGUGAUUUCUACCUUGGCCACACAUGUCCACACACACAGACUUGCACACCACACCUGCAUAUAUACUCCUAUCUUGGAAAGCCAGUUCCGCAGGUGAGCACAUUUGUCCAUUUCUGGUGACAUGGUGUCACAUCGUCAUCUGCCCUAGGGGACAGUCUCGACCCAGACCGUGAGGUCCUUGCGUGGCCCUUGCCGUGUCGGCCUCGUGGUGCGUGGUGAGUGGCCCCGAGUGGGAGAAUCCUGUUCCUGGGCCCGAGUCGAGAAUGCUGUGUCCCCACGCCCAUGUCUCGCAGAGCCUCUCCCAUGUCAUCGUCCUGUGGAUGCUACCCAGCGACCCCUGCUGCUGCCCGGGCCCCAGCGCCAGGCAGCCCGGGCUGGGGGUGGGUGGGGCCUGGGGCCUUGGUGUUAUACAAGCAGAGACUGAAGUUUGAAGAUUUCC